AUGUUCCUUGAAACAUUACUAUUAUUAAUAACGAUAAUAGUAGGCUAUUAUUGGUACAUUUAUAAGAAAGCUCAUUAUUAUUUUGAAUCGAAAGGGGUCAAAUACUUACGUGGCGUACCUUUCUUUGGGAAUCUCAUGAAUAAUUUGUUGAGGAGAACGCAUUUGUGGGAGGACUAUGAUGUAGUCUAUAAAGCUUUUCCCAAUGAGAGAUACGUUGGCUUUACCGACGGCGUCUGUCCGGGCAUCUUUAUUCGCGAUCCUGAGAUUAUAAAACAUGUUACAGUUAAGGAAUUUGAUCAUUUCGUCAACAACAAGGAUUUGUUCCCAGAAGGAGAGGAGUCAAUUUUAAAAAACAGCUUGGUAAUGCUGAAAGAUGAAAAAUGGCGGAAAAUGAAAGCAGCUCUUAGUCCAGCGUUUACAGCAUCUAAAAUGAGAGAAAUGGUCCCAUUAAUGAUUGAAAUUAGUCACAAUAUCGUUGAAUACUUGAAAGAACACCUAACUGAAGACAUAGAUUUAGAUGACUUGAUGUCCAGGUAUUCUAAUGACGUCAUUGCAUCAGCAGCUUUCGGCCUCCAAAUAAACUCGUUGAAAGAAAGAGACAACAUCUUCUUCAAGGCAGGAAAAGAUGUGUUUAAUUUUAGCCUCUUUCAGUCAAUUCGUAUGAUUUUUUCAGAUCACUUUCCAUCUUUAUCGAAGAAACUAGGAUUCACAGUCAUACCAAAAUCAACAUCAGAAUUCUUUCGGACUCUAAUAGCUAGUACCGUGGACUAUAGAAUAAAAAAUAAAGUUGAAAGACGUGACAUGAUACAGUUGUUAAUACAAUUAUCGACAGAAUGGACAGAGACUGAACUAGCCGCCCAACUUUUCGUAUUCUUCGUUGCUGGAUUUGAGACCACAGGCAACACUUUGAUCAACUGUAUUCACGAAUUAGCCCUAAAUCCACACAUUCAGGAUAUCCUAUAUGAGGAGUUGAAGGCUUUUAAGGAGACUAAAGGAAAUCUGGUUUAUGAAAAUAUUGGGGAAUUAAAAUACUUAGAUUGCGUUUUAAAUGAAACGAUGAGAAAAUGGUCUGCUGCAAUCUUUGUUGACAGGAUCUGUACGAAGCCAUAUGUCCUUCCACCGCCCAGGGAAGGGGGCAAGCCGUGCCAGCUUAAACCUGGUGAAGUAAUAUACAAUGCAGUAAACUCAAUUCAUAUGGAUCCGAAAUACUAUGAAGAACCUGAGAAAUUUAUCCCGGAAAGGUUCUUAGACGAGAACAAGCAUAAAAUCAAACCAUUUACUUUUAUGCCUUUCGGAGUUGGACCAAGAUAUUGUAUUGGAUCAAGGUUCGCUUUAAUGGAGAUGAAGAUAUUACUCUUCCGCUUGAUGCUAAAUUUCAAGGUCUUGAAAUGCGCGAAGACUCUGGAUCCGAUAAAAAUGUCGCCAGUAGGAUUCAACAUGAAUAUAUGGGGUGGUAGCUGGGUGAAAUUUCAGGCCAGAAAGGCGUAAACGAAUUUUAAUAUUGGCCUAUGUUAUUGACUAUGCUAUUGGGUUCUAUUAUUUAUUUAUUUUCGAACUUUUAAUAAGCUAUGAUUUUAUAAAAACGAUAUGAUUUACAUAAGAUAAUCUAACUUGAUUAAGAAUUGCUCAGGUCCAGUCACAGCCAAUAUCCUAAGGCCUGGAGGGGCGUACGGAAUCGUAAGCCUGCAUUACGCCUGUACCUCAUUACCAUUUUCG